AUGGCCGAAGUACCGUCCUUCAUCAGUACAACCACCGUCCUCUCCCUCCUCUCAACCGUAAUAAUCCUGCUCGCCGCGUACAUCGCCUCCGUCCAACUCCUCCCCACCACUGCCUCCACAAAAACGCGCAUCCUCUUCGUCUGGCACGCGUUCGACGCGUUGAUCCAUUUCUUCCUAGAAGGAGGAUACCUGUACAACUGCUUCUUCUCAUAUACGACCAACACUGGCCUGUGGAAUAACAAGGAGCCACCUUUCGUCUCCGCUUACCUGCCCCCGAACGUGUACUUCCUCGGCCACAAGAACCGCAUCUAUGGCUCAGAGUAUGGGACGAACCCGCUGGCGAAGCUGUGGAUGGAGUACGCAAAGGCAGAUAAGAGAUGGGCGGGUAGCGAUUUGGGCAUCAUCAGCUUGGAGCUCUUGACAGUCUUCAUUGCUGGGCCAAUGGCUGUGUGGAUAUGCAACUGCCUCAGGAAGCAGAGGAGCGACGUGUGGUUUUGGAUGGUCGUAUUGGCUACUGGGGAGCUGUAUGGGGGUUUCAUGACCUUUGCGCCUGAGUGGUUGUCGGGGAACACCAAUUUGGACGGAAGCAAUUUCAUGUACCUCUGGAUCUACCUCGUUUUCUUCAACGCAGCGCUGUGGGUCGCAAUUCCGUUGUGGAUUCUCUUUGAAGCCUACAACAGGAUUACGAACGCCCUGCAAUACCAGAGCCAGGUGGAGUCUGGAAAGAAGGCGAAGUGA